AUGGUGGAUGCGGACACCAAAGUCAAGUAUGAGCCUCUACACGACGUCUCUAGCGACGAAGAACCGCCAUGGGAAGACGCAUACGCUCGCCACUUCACGCUCGUGUUGUCCACGAUUGUAUUCGAGCGCGAAGACUUCCGGGACCUCUUGUGUGCGGAGGAAAUCGCCCUCGCAUCUCGCUUCUUAACAGACUUGAAACCUUUCGAACAGCAACUGUAUGCGCGUCUACUACAACGCCAAGGCCCUUGGUACAGGAUCACGUCGCUCUUCCGCUACUUCGUUCAGGACGAACAGCAGCCAAUCAACGAGCAGGUACAAGACGUCGUCCACGUGAUGAUCGACGCUGGCUUCCUACAGCAAUUUCCCGUCACGAAGCCGUCCCAAACCCCAUCUCUAAGCCAAGAAUUGGUUACACUGGAGACUGCACUCGAUGCAAUUGAACGAUGUGCCACAGCACCCGAACUCGCGGCGUUAUAUAAGAAAAUGACAGGUAGUAGGAAACAAAUUGCCAAGGCGGAGCUCAUGACGGCGAUCAGGAAGGUGGUGAAGACCCAGCGUCGCAUUGACGGUUCCAGAAUCCCCGUGGCUCAGCUCAUGCAGCAGAUUUGGCUCGAAGGUUACACUUUAACAGGCAGGAAGAGCUCCGACGUGAUGGCUCUGAGGAUGACUCCAGCCACACGAGAUCUAAUGCUGAGGAUGCAUCGCCUGUUCUACUUCGUCUCGACGCCUCCAUUUAACGCGAUGUCCUUGAUGCCUCCACAGAUGGAGGAUGAGGCCCGGCUGAUUGCCUUGGCCGCGCAUAAAUUAAGGCAGGAACCGACGCAGUGGCCCGGGCUGAUGGUGUUUUUCAAGAAAGUGGCGUAUCCAGAAUAUACAUUGACCAAGUGCUCGCGUGAUGAUGAGUCUACUACCGAGAUGCUGAACUCUCAUCGCGUCUUCCCUUCGCCAGAGGCCUACGUGAGCUAUGAAGUGGCGUACCAGCUGCAUCGCGUUAUGAAUGUUGUGGAGCAGUGUAUACAAAUAGUGACACCAGAGAAGGAGUACCAGGAACCAGAUCUGGAGCUCAAGUGGAUGCUUUCAGAUGCUCCACCAGUGUUUCUCGCCUUUCAGAGGUUAAUAUACAUUCUUUAUGAAGACGAAGAGUCCACAGAGACCGAAGACGAGUGCGUCGUUGUUGCUUCAACUGGAAAAACUGAGGAGAAAACUUCUGCAAAUUGGCAAAUGCGCAGCUGGGAGCAAUUUUACACCGAGAUCGAAAAGAUGCAGUCGCUGGACGACUUGGUACUGGCUAGCAGAGGCUGUUUACAGACAUAUUUGAAGUGGAUGAAGGCCGCAGCGUACAACAUUUCUGGUAUCCCCGUGUUCUUUUCCAAGUGUAAUGCUGGCUACCAUCUGGUUCGGAUCUUGCAUACGGCGGUGGGUUUGUACGAGAAGAUGCGAAAGUAUCAGAUCGCCACUUUGCUGCUGAAUGAAUUGCUAGCAGCGCCGUUUCUUGAGCGAAAACGUGGCUACUGGUGGGAUCGUCUGGCGUUGAAUUUGGAACAUUUGAAGUGCGCAGAUCAAGCUCGAGAUACGUGCUUGAAUGCACUGGAGGAUCCACACGUCCUCGCAGCAGAUCGAAUCGCAAUUCAGAGGCGUUUGAAUCGAUUGGAGCGUCAAAAAGACCGCGACGAAAGGAUACGAGUUGAGUCACUGUCCACUGCUGAUUUGUUGCUGCAAAGUACUGGGACCAGCCUUAUUGCCCCGACAUCAGAGCACGAUGACGAUGAGGAGAAGAUGGUACCAGUUGAGACUCACAUAUGCUACGAAUACCGCAAGAGCCGCAUUGUGGGUCGACCGCUAAACCGCCAAACAGGAGAAAAAUCGCGGUUCGUGGGCUACGACGACGAGCCGUGCACAGUCGAACAGCUUGUUUUGCAAUACUACCGGGACCACCACCCUGUAGAUGAAGUAUCCGCUGAGAACACAAGAUUUGGAGGAUGGUACGGGGUCCAUUGUGAAGGUAUGGUGUUUGGGAAUCUCUUCGGUAUUUUGAUGUGGGACGUGCUGUACGCUAGUAUCCCCGAUGUCUUCCAGACGCCAUUUCAGUCAGCACCACUCGAUUUCGGCUAUGCGGAAGUGUUCUAUGAAAACCGACGCGAGCUAAUCGAGCGUCGAUUAGCUCAAGUGGAGAGUGAAUGGACGAUGGAGGAGUUGUUGACAACAUUUGUGACAAGAUGGAACGCCGAGUUUGGGAAGGUGAGUAGAUUUGUCCACUGGCCGACCGAUGACGUUGCCAUGUUGCAAUAUCACUUGCUCACUGUUGCAGCAAUCGGGCGAACGCAGCUUGCCAGUCUGUUGCGCUACAUGGCCACAUCAAAGGAGUUCCAUCAGGCUCAGAAUGGUCUGCCUGAUCUACUUCUAUUGCGAAUUGAGCUCUCCAAACCCGAGGACCCUGUGCCGCCAUCUCCACUUCGGACAAUUGAUAGUCAUGGUUACUUAAAUGUUCACGCAUUUUGUGGCAUGGAUGAGGAGCUGAACAUGAACGAGAAGACGCAAUUAUACACAGAGUCGCUAGAGGAGGAUUCGAAGAAGAAGAUGGCCGAAGUCAAGCUGGAAGAGCAACCGCUGCAACAUAUCCUUGCUCUUUUGAAAGAUGGCAGCUACACGGCACAGCUGAAGUUAGUAGAAGUCAAGGGCCCUCGGGACCGACUCAGUGACAAGCAGUUGCUGUGGCUAGAGGUUCUCAGCGAAGAGAUCGGUCUCGACGUUAGUGUAAUGCACGUUGAAGAGCCCGAAAAAUAUGCCAAACGGAAGAAGAAAGAGCGCGCGACGACAGCAAAAUCUGCCCCGAGGAAGCGACAAAACAAACGGCGAAAGGCAGAAAAUGUUGCUGCUAGAGCAUGA